UUUAAAAAUAUUGGACUUGUGCAAUAAAAAAGAAAGAAUUUACAAAAAAAAUUACAAAAAACGAAAGUAUUUACAGAUAUUAAAAUGACUGAUCAAGAGCAAAUAAAUGUUGUUUACACAUGCGGAUGCUGCGAGGAAAUUUGCGAGGCAGAGGAAUAUUUAAAACAUAAGUGUUUAGAAGGAUAUAAUCAAUGUUGGAUGGAAAAAUCAACUAAUUAUUUUUAUCCCUUGUUAGAUGAUGGAGUUACUAUUAUUGGCAAAGACGGAAUGAAACAGAUUGUCGCAGAAAAUCUCGAAAAUCUAGAUCCAAAUAUACAAACGUCACGAUUAAGACAAUCUUCAAAAAAGAGGAAAACAUGUACUGCAAAAAAAGCAAUAGAUAAAAAAUUGAUGGACCUAGAAGUGGAGACUCUGAUCCACGCCGUCGAAGCCAGAGUUCCUCUGUGGAAUUUUACAAUCCCGUUGGAAGAAAGAAGUCGAGAGACUGUAGGACAACUAUGGAAUGAAGUGUCCGAAGAGCUAGAUGAUGUCUUUCAACUUCAGAUUUAA